AUGAGUGUCAGCUCAGGAGUGUCUCCUCGGAUGCAGUGGACGAAGCGCGAAUUUCGUGUAAUCAUAGUACAAGGAGUCGCAGAGGACUACAACGGACGGUAUUCUGGCAAGAGGGUGAUGUGGUUCAAUGAAUUCAUCCUCCAGCGUUUCGGGGAGGCCCAGGUGAUCCGCUUGGCAACCACCUUUGACCUCCAGGCCGGCAUCUUGUCGAUGGAGAUCCGAGACGCGGCAGUCCAGCUUCUGGACAGAGUGCAGAGGGAAAUGAACCGCACCGGGGCCCCGUCAUUGCUGCUGAUAGGGUAUGACCUUGGGGGCUUGAUCAUCAAGCAAGCCCUCUUAAUCGCCGUUAACAAUGCGAAGUACUCGUUGAUUGCCGAAAAGACGUCCCUCCUGGUGUUCAUUGGAACUCCUCAUAGAGCGACCGACUUCGAGUCCUGGGAGAGUAUAGCCAUCAAGCUCAUGCUGCGGAGCAGCCACGUCGGCGCCUGCUCGUUUUCCAAAGUCCUGGCGCAAUCAGCCGAGACGCUGAUGGAAGUGAACAAAAACUUUCAGCAUGUGGCCAGGAUGUUCAGUAUCAUGAGUUUUUACGCGGAAACCAGCAAUACAUCAUCCCAAAAGUUGUUGGCGUUCUCCAAGGACACGUCAACAAUUGGACUCUUUGGGGAAACUACUGAGCCAAUAGACUGCCAUCUCCCUGUCCGUGACGGUCUCAAAAAGGAUGAGGUGGUGGUUGUGGUGGAGGAAGAGGAGGAGGAAAAGAGGACUGAAUUUAUCGAUUCAAUCGCCGAAGUAGUGACCAGGACGAAAGCAAUCGAAGAGCUGUAUUUGAGCUGCUUCAGGACCUUGUCGAUGGUUGACUGUGAGCACGCGUCUACCGGUAUCCCAAAAUUUGCGCCCACGCCCGACGCGUUCGACUGGCUUCUCGGCCAUGAUGGGUACCAGAAGUGGAGAGGUGGUUCACGUCGCCUUUUGUGGCUGCAUGGGCGAGCCGAGUCGACCGUCGCGUCGCUGGGCUUCGUGGAAAAGAUGGCGAGAGAGAUCUUUCUGGAUGCCAACGUGAUCAAAUUCUCCUUCGAUGCCCGCGACGACCGCUAUCGAUCCACGUACAGAAUGUUCGCUUCUCUCAGCCACCAGCUGCUGAGUCUUGAACCACCCCUCUUCAACCAUGUCAGACCACUCUACGAGAAGAUUAGCCAUGAGAUGCCGUGGAGGAUGGAUCGUCUUUGGGCAUUCUUCCGCUCGCUGCUCUCCUGCGCUCACAAGGACCACCGCGUCACAUGUUGCUUCAUCAGCAUGAUAGACGAAGCCGAUCCGACUCGCAACCAGUUCCUUUACAGUCUCCUCCGGCUAGCAAACUCCGAUACGUCAACAGGCACUUUCCGACUCGCGAUUACGAGCUACGGGCCUCCCAAUGCCAGCUUAAAGCUCACCACGGACGCGAUCCAUGUUGACCAGACGAGAGACGAAGACUCUCAUGACAAGAGAAGAGAGAUAGAAAAGAUUAUUGACCGCCAGGUACUGUCAUUGUUUCGAGCCAGGCCGGAGCUCGCCAUAUUUGAUGACAUUAUAAGGGGAAAAUUGCGGACCUCCGGAGACAUGUUCACCAUCUCUCUCACCACAGCGUUGCUGCACGCACGCCAGCCGCAAUCAACGUACGAAGAGAUGGAAACAGAGCUAGGCGCUCUCCCUUGCACCACAUUCGGGUUGUAUCAUCACUUUCUCGAUCGGAUACCCUCAGAACGACGGCUCUGGUCAAAAAAGGUCCUGUCUUGGAUAAUCCAUGCUGCGAGGCCCUUGAAGCUUCGCGAGCUUGCCAUCGCGCUAGCUCUUCAAGACGACGUCUCAUCCAUCUCGGAUCUACAGAAUAGGGUGCCGCUGGACGUUGCACUAGAUCUCCGCCUGGUAUUUGGCAAUUUGGUCAAUAUUGAGAAUGACGACGUGUUGUUUGUCCAUCGCGGCUUUCGGGACUUCCUCCUCCAAGAUCGACCUGGCCCUCAAGCAAGCACGUGGUUCUUCUAUUUCGACGACCAUGCAGUUUUUGCCGAGUCUUGUCUCCACUAUCUCACCCUGGUGGCAGGUCAAAGGCGUCAGGUGAAUUCGCAAAGCGACCGAGAUGAUGGCGACAGCCUUCCAAAAGGAGUGGAGUACGAUUUCCUGACUUAUGCCGUCCGGUAUUGGCCGAAGCAUUACCACUUGGCGAGCCAUGACAUCUAUCCUGGUCUGCAUGACAGGGCAUGCAAAUUCUUGGAGGACCCUGGGUCGAUCCAGGUGUGGUCGUGGUUGCGUUGGACCCUUGGAAACCUGCUGGAAAGACCACAAAUGUCGUUCAAGAACCCGCUCCCACUCGCGGUUCGGCUUGGAUGCAGUGAUAUAAUACGGACGCUGCUGAAGAGCCCAGAUUUGGAUCGCGAAGACUUGCGCACGGCACUUGAGGUGGCGAUCGAGGAUGGAAACGAGGAAAUCAUCGACGAACUCCGGGCUGCCGGCGCCCAGUCUCCAAGGGGGUUACACAAAGCGGCCUUGUAUGGAAGAUAUCGGGUAAUGCGCCAAAUAUUGAAGAACAGCCCGAAAGCCGAGAAUGUCUCACGGGGUUCAACACCAUUGCACCUCGCGUCGACCUCUGGCUACCGGAAAUUGGUGAGACGUCUACUCGAGGCGGAAUUCAACCCAAACACACCGGAUGAGCUGGGAAUGACGCCCCUUCAUCUCGCCAGCCAGUUUGGCCACGUUGGCGUCCUCAAGGAGCUUCUUGGGAGGCGGUCAAACUUUCGAAACAACACGGACACGGGUAUUGACGAGGAUGCAGAUGCACUCACGGAGACCGACUCUGUCAGCACGGUGGCUGAGCGGUCUUCGGACGCGGACGUCGAGGCAGAUACCACCACAGCGGCGGAUGUGAAAACCAACGCCAGGGCGGAUAUCAUUGCAGACAUCAAUUGCUUUGACGACGGCCAGUGGACGCCUCUUCACAUGGCCAUCGGAUGGCAGCAGCCAGGUGCGGUCAGAACACUUCUCGGCUCGGAUGCCAACAUUAACAUUCAGGGUGCCUUUGGAUAUACAGCGCUGCACGUUGCCGCCAAAUCGGGCCGCGAGGACAUUAUGGGCUUCUUAUUGAAUCACUACGAGGCACCUCCGGGGAGCGCCAGCGGCUCAACAGCUCUCCGACUUGCAAUGGAGGCCCAGGACAGCAAAGAUGGGUACACACCGUUGCACAUCGCGGCAUGUGAGGGACACAUGGGAGUGGUGCGGCGACUUCUCGGUAAGUUAGUAGCCAGCCACGACGCCCAAGUCAUGAACAUCCUGGAUCAUUCCGGUAACAUGGCUCUUCAUCUUGCGUCGAAGAAUGGCCAUGCCGCGGUGGUAGAAGCACUCAUCGAACUGAGUGCGAAGAGUGCAAAAGAGACGGGUGGUUCGGCUACUGGCACCUCAAAACCCAGUUCCAAAGCGUCGAACCCGCGCAAGCAUGCUCACGGUUCUAGCCUUCUCAUUGGCAACCACCGGUCGCAGGCUCCGAUUCAUUUGGCCGUUCUCAAUGGCGAUGCGUCUCUGGUCGCGAAGUUGUGUGUGGAGCAUCGACGGCAAGGGGCGUCGCUCGACCUCUUUGAUCGCGAGACACAAAGCCCUCUCCAUCUGGCAUCCCGGCACGGUCUCUCCGAUAUUGUGGGCAUCCUCCUCGAGCAUGGCGCACAGGCUGAUAUCGCAGACGAGAAUGCCGAGACUCCUCUCGCGCUUGGGUGCGCGGAGGGCCACCUCGAGACUGUGAAGAAGCUGCUCACCAAGGGCGCAGACCUGAUGUGCGCCAACUCACAAGGCCGCUUCCCGCUACAUAAAGCCGCGGUGGCCAACGCGGUCGAAGUAGCCCAGGAGCUUCUCCGUGCUGCCAGGAAGCUCGCCAGCGGCCGUGAGUACGUGAACUUGAGAGACAAUGACGGGAGCACCCCACUCCACCUCGCGGCCGAGGCGGGCAACGUCCCAAUGAUGGAAGUGCUCCUCAAUGAAAAGGCAGACGUCGAAGCCGUGGAUGGCGACGGCCACAACGUCCUGGACCUCGCUUCUGAGCGUGGCCACAUGGAGAUGGUGACGUUUCUGAUCCAAAAAAUCGUCGGAGGUAUCAGGGGCGUCGAUGGGGAGAGCUCUCUUUCCCUCUCGGGCGUCUUGAAAUUCAUCAAUGCGCUGCCGGACGAUCGAGCCGCGAUUGUAGAUCGCCAAAGCACCCAAGUACCCGCGUCUCAGGAACAUUCGCACGCGAUCCUGCUGGCUAUGAUGAGUGUCCCUGAUCGCUGGAAUACCAAACAGUACGGGUCGAUCCUGCGUCUCGCAGCCCAGAAGGGGAUCCUGGAUGUCGUCGUUCGCAUCCUCCACCUCGUCAAAGAGUUAGACCCCAAUGAUGUGGACGACGAGCAAAGGACAGCACUUCUCCUCGCGGCUCGCAACGGGCACUCUCAAGUGGUUGACGAACUGUUGAAGGUUCCGAAUAUUGAUCGCGAUCGCGAAGACGAAGAUGGACGCUCGGCCAUCUCGUAUGCCGCCGAGCUGGGCCAUCUAGACAUUUUGAAGAGUCUCGCCUCCGGGCGCCCAUCCGCCAUGGACAUGGACACUUACAAGGACCUUCUGGGAAAUGCGGCCGCGAUGGGCCAUAUUGACCUUGUCACUUUCUUCUUGGACAGUAUUCCAGUUCCUUCACCUGACAACGCGUCUGUAUCGCCUCUAGAUCACGCCCUGGGAAGGGCCGCAUUAGGGGAGCAGAAUCAGAUUGUCUCGCUACUGGUGACUCGAGGGGCGGACGUCAAUGCUACCAACAGCGUGGGAUCCACGCCCUUGCACUUGGCCGCGGAGCUGGGUAAUAUCGAACUCUGCCGAAUCCUCCUGGACUCAGGCAAGAUCUCGGACCUGGACGUCCGAAACUCGGAGGGGCAAACUGCUGUAUUCAUUGCCGCGUGGCACGCCAGGCCUGACGUCCUAAGCUUGCUCUUUGGAGCCAAUGCGGACAUCGAAGUUCCGGAAGUAGAGGGCUGGAGACCGUUACAUGCGGCGUACGACUCUGUGCCUGUGACGAGACUCCUCCUGGAGUACGGCGCUAUUGUUGAUUCGACUACGCAGAAGAAGGAGACGCCCCUUUUUGUCGCGAUCGACCGCGGCUACGAAGAUGUAUCAAAGGAGCUCCUGGGCUACGGGGCGGACCCCCUCGCGGCAACGGACGCCGGGCGGACACCACUACACGAGGCAGCUGUGGCAAGUGACGACAUAUUCCAACUUGUGCUAAAGCACACGGACAUGUUGAACAAGUCGGCCGACCCGAGGGAUGCGCAAAACCGAAGCCCCCUCUCUAUUGCAGCGGGUGGAGGUCGCGUGGACGUCGUCAAGGCUUUAUCGCAGAGACAAGAUGUCGAUAUCAACCAGAAGGAUGCCGAGGGACAUACCCCUCUCUGGUUUGCGGUCGCGCGAGGACUCGAUGAGGUGGCUGAGGUCCUCCUCAAGAGUCCGCAGUUUAAUUUGACGACAUCAGCCGAAGCGCCCGAAGGCCUGCUUCGCCUGGCCACCAAGCACCGAAGCCAGCUGACUCUACAGCUGUUGCUGGACAAGGACAUCCAUGUCAAUUGUGGGAGCGAUGUCUUGUUCGAGCUGGCGAUGGAGACUGAAAAUACUCGCCUCAUCGACCUUGCCUUGGAGAAGGCCCACGAUGAAACGAAGCGGGAUCGACACGGAUGGUCACUCGAGUGGAUGAAACAUGUCACGGUCCCCCCAGGAGACCAACGACGAAGUCCACCCGCCAACCAGAAACCAGGGUUUCUUCCCCCUAGUUGUUGGAGCGAGCCGGAUACGACGGGACUGCUGAGCGUGACGGACGGACUGACGGUGUUUUACGAAUCUCAGCACCGACGACGCAUGGAUUUCUACUCCUAUUCAAGGGGAUAUAGCCGUCGACUCAUGAGGGACCAGGCCGCCGCGGUUCGCGCGGACCACCCCAUUCCACCAGUCGGCAAGUUCACCUUUGAGAUCAAGAUCCUGGACACGGGACAGACCAGGAUCAUCGCGAUCGGCUUUGGCCACCAGGAUGCCCCCCCUGAGGGGAGAAUGCUCGGGUGGGAUCCGUCCUCCUGGGGCUACCAUAGCGAUGACGGGAAAAAGUUUCAUGGCGCAGGCAGAGGCCUCAAGUACGCCGAGACAUAUGGCCAGGGCGACGUGAUCGGGUGCCAGAUCGACCAGACUAAGGGCACGGCCUCGUUCACGAAAAACGGCGUGGAUUUGGGGGUUGCAUUCGAAGGUAUCAUGGGUCGACUGUACCCCAUGGUGGCGAUGUCAAGCCCAGGGGCACGCACCGUCGCCCGGUUCUCGUGGGCCGACAGCGACAGACGCCACAGCCAAGAGAGCCUGGAGCAAGUGGGCACCUAUCCAGAGGAUCGAGAUGAUUCAAUCCCGGGGGACGGUGAAUACGAGGAUGAAUACGAGGCGGAAGACGACGACUCUGAGGAGGGCUUGUGGUGA